AUGGUGGCCCUGUUUGAUGUCACUAGUUUACUACAACAUUUCUUUGCUGUUCCUUUGGUGAUCCACCCAAGCACAUCCAAAAUACUCUUACCAACACCAAAAGAUGUUAUUCCAGCUCUCACAAGUGUCUCUGAUUUGGAUUACCUGGACUGGAAUUCUCAUUCAUUCUUGCAAGAGGAUCAAAAAUUCAUGUCAUUGACCAUCAAGACUCAAUUCCAGAUCAAUUCCAUUCAACAAAAACAUGAGGAGCUUGCUGAUGUCAUUGCAGAUGUUCCAGGUCAUUUUAAAUCACACCCAAAAACAAACGCAAUGGCUAUCAAAGAAUCUGAAAGGCUUGGACUCAUACGCAAGUCCAACAAUAUUCAACUCAAGCUCAGGCUCCCCAACCCAGAUUCUUUCACUAUGCAAGAUUCUUCUGACACUGUUGCUUCCUAUUGGUGUCAUUAA